AUGCUCAUCCGCGGCCAAAUAAGGGGUUGCUUACGUGUUCCACAAUGCAUCGACAGCGCAUCAAUUCGCAUAAUCCGCGACCGGCCUCCGAUUUGUUGUUUGAGUUUGGCGUUAGGAGCGCUGCUCUCGCCUUCUCGCAGUUCAAUUCCGGUUCUCCUCACCUACCGUAGUCUGCCUCGGGAGAAAAGAGGAGAAGGAAGAAACGAAGUCAUGGGCCCAUUCUUCGGACUUUUUCAGUUACGGAAGAACUUUUGGUUCUUUGGGCUCUAAGAACCUUUGAACUCCAUGAAAAUAUCAGAGAAUGUAGGGCAAAUUGCAGAUCCUCCUAAUCAAUACCAAUUUGUGCGUAUUUCACUCAAUGCGAAGAAUUUUAUGUCGGCGGCAGGGUGCUGCCAGCUAUUGUCGCGUUUAGGUCAGCGUGACAUUACCGCUUCACGUUGAAUGAAAAGCGGGCCAAAAAUGUUUCUUCUUGUCGGUAACCCUUUAUUGGAACAGGGAGGCUAACCUACAGCUUCCUUUUAGAAAACUUUUCAAGUUUCAGAGACCAAAAAAUACUAAAUUAUUACACAUAGAGGGUGCGAAUUUGUGAGAAACACCUUCAAAGUUGUUUUGAGUCAGGUGGGACAUUUUCUUCCACUCAGGUUUUCAGAAAGCAAUGCGAAUCCUGACUAUUCUACGCAAAUAUCUUUAUUUAUCAAACAAGAAAAGUCAAAUUGGUACCGACAUAAUCAUAAAAAAUGAGCUAAAAUUCUUCGUUUGGACUCGAGUUUUUCGUUUUCAAAGUAAUAAGAUGUGCAUUCAAAAAGUUUUCUGAUGUUUACCGACUUCGUAGAAAAAUGAAAUCUCUUUUUUUUAUAGAAAACUUCGAAAAAACUUUUUUUAAUUUGAUUACCGAGGAUACAUAGAUGUCUGCCAGCUCCACUCAAUAUUUUUCAUUCCCUGGUCCAGCUGUCGACUUUCAGUCGAAUGUGAAGCAAACCUCGAUUGCCUCCACAAGACGACGCCUUGUUUCAAUAAUAGGAAAAAGAGAGAAAGGCGUUCCUCUUUUUCUGCCUCAAACAGGCGCGAGGUCUAACACGGAUCCUUAUUCAACUCACUAAUUAGUGAUGGCGCAUUGUACUGGAGGAAAUUCAAACUGCUAAGUUUUGUUUUUUUUUCCAAAAAAAAAGCCACAAUACUCAGUUUUGUUGAAGGUGUUGAUAGAUAUAGAGUUUUCUUGACUAUUCACCAAACUUUUAUUUUUCGUACAAAAGCAUUUCUCACUUCCCCUGGAGUACUGAACAAGUAUAUAAAAACUCGCAAGUUUUACGGCUUCUUUCGGGUCAUUUUGACUGGGCGCAGCGCGUUUUAUAACAAGGUAUAAAAAAUCGUGCAAAAGCCAUAAGGAUCAAAAUACUCCUAGAUGUAGAAAAAAGUUACCAAGAAGUUUGUUAAUGCGUUUUUUGAAAAAGAAGUUUGCUGUUUUGCAAAAAAUGAUUCCUAAGAAGCGAUAAAGUAAACAUAUUCAAAUUAAUCCACGCCCCUUACUGUUUCUACAGUUUUUUAUGACUUUUCAGUUUUGUAAGUAAGUUCCCCUGAAUUUGCCUAAACCCUCUGUCAUUCUUAGGAAGUGAGGUGAAGGAUAAACGUGGACGGAAAGUCUUUUGAGCUCAGCAGGAUCUCAUCGACUCUUAAUCGGACAAAGGCGGCAAUAACAGCACUUGUAUAAACAAAUAUUAACGCGCUCGCAUACAACAGUAUGAUCUGUGCAUGGCUAUCAUAACGGUGCGAGGAGCCGAUUAUACGUCGGCUUAUUGAGAGCAAGCGCGCGCCAGGAAGGUCAACUCGCAGCCGCGAGAAAGUUGCCUUUUGAACUUCGGGACGACUUCUGACAGAAACUGUAUCAAACUAGGAACUUUCUUCCAUUCGAAGAAGCUUGUUGAAGAGGACGACAGACUGUUCAAAAAGUAUGGCUUGCUUUUGAAUAGCUAAAAGUAGAGUUUAAUUGAAACCUUUGAAGUUUCUCGUCUUCUUUUGAUCAUCUUGGAAGCCGCUCCUCGUAUCUCCCGAAUAUCAAGAUGGUGAGGGAAUUCCAGGAAAUCGACUAACUUCCCUUCUUUGUGAAAGUAUCACACAUGAGCUUGUUUUACAGUAAUUUACAGUUAAAAACAAAAUGUAGAAAUCAAUAAAAAGCUUGCAAACAAUAUCCUGGAAGUUUUUUUUAAUCAAUAAUAUCAUCACCCGUUUUAAAAACAGUAAUGUCAUUGAAAAUGAUGAAAAUACUCGCACUUGAAAAAUCAAGAACAAAAAUUGAAACUCUGUUCAGAAGAUCUUCGACUUUCACUUUACUAUUCUGUGUUCUCCUUUCUUUUCUCAUUCAUCGACUUCUAUAGGAGCAUCCUCCAAUUGAUUUUACAAGCUUUUCCUGGCGCAAUAAUGGUUGAUAUUCAAAUAUUUAAGACUAAAAAGCCGUUCAAUUAAGAAAAAUUCAAUCGUUUCUUUUUUUCAUUUUUUCAACAUCUUUGAAAAUUCGUCUGUAGAUAUUUGUAAGGAUCCCGAACUUCUGCGCUUACAGUGGACGCGAAGGCGUUUGGCAGUUGUUUGCUCCUCCCUAUCAAUUUGAGACGCUUAGCUUACUCAUUUGGGUACUUAGUAGGUGUGAUAACGGGGCUCUAAGCGCGUCCAGCAGCCGGAUGAUUUCAGAACAAACGCAAGCGAUGCCUAUUUUGAGUUUCAAUCGCAGAAAUGUCGAAAUUUCGUGAAAUUAUUGAAAUGCCGUUCAAGAUAGAAACUUUUUUAUUUUUAUCCUUCAAUGGGAAAUGUGAAAAUAAUUACUUUUGAAACCGUAAAUCAAACAAAUAAAACCAACAAACUAUCAAUUGAAGAUGCUGCCAAUAAGUAAAAAAAACUGCAGUCUUCUUACCAAAAUGAUAUGUGCAAAAAUUAUCUUCUUUUGUUUUUUAGCGUCGAAGUUUCGGCCUCCCUCACCGCAAGCACUUUAUUAAGCAGCCCUUGUCACAGCCAUUAACAUUAUAAGGGCCAGCACCAAAGGUGCCAAAUGUAGCUCCGCUGAUAAUCAAAGAAGGUGUCGAUUUCUCAUAAAAACAGUAGAUGAAAGACACCGCCGCCACUUCCUAAAGCGUUCCGCCUUUCCGCCAGAAACGUUGAUAUCGGCCUCCGUUACUCACGUCUCGACUAGGUACGGCUGAGGGAAACUGUUGAGUAACAAGGGUAAAAGGUAUCAGAAUAGACGAUUUUAGAGACUCUUGAUGAUUUCUUUCGAUUUUGGAAAAUAAUUACUUUUUCUGAAAAAGGGAAGUUUUCCAAACUUAUAACGAUUUCGUGUUUUUUGAUAAAAAAAAACUAGUAAAAUAAUUCGAUUUUAAGAAAUUUUCAAAUGAGAAACAAUUGCAAAAAAUCUAGAAUCGAUCACUGCACCCAAGCUUCCGUAAAAUGAUAAUUUUGAACACCUUUUCAACCUUUUUUGCACAUCAUUUUUUGCUUCAGGCGUCUAAGGAGGAACAUUGUUUAUAGUGUUUCGAAACAGCCGUGAAACAGAGAACUACGGUUAAGCUUCCAGAGGCAGGAGUCGUAUCGAGGCGAGAAGGCAAGAAGGGACGGCGACUACCGUAGGACGGGCGCCAGUGAUCGGGAAGUGGGCGGGCUCUCCGGCUGCUUGCUCAGCGCCACUUUUCUCGCCUCGAUUCCUUUAGUGGCAGCUCCUCCGACUUUGGCCGGCUCCGCCACCUCUUGA